AUGUUUUCUAGAGUGACGGAAGACGAAGCAUUGGCAGAAGUCAGUAAACAUGACGAUGAAUAUUUACAACGAACAUUCGACGAUAGUGCGUUCGAUUCAAGUACACUCCCUCAUCGUAGCACACGUAAAAAUGAUAAUUUCAAUGGGAUUUCUUCUUUAAAUGAAAGUCGUGAUUAUUCAUUUACAUUACCACGUAAUACAACAACACGAUUAAAAAAGUCACUAAUACUGAGUGACACAAGCAGCGAUCAACAACGUCCAUCAAAAUCAAAAUCAAAAUCAUUCAUGAGUUCAUUAAAACAUUUAGCAUUACCGAAAAGAAAAAAAGAUCGACAUCCUAGUACAAGUUCACCAAACAGCAGCGUCAAUAAUUUACCACUAUCAUCCGAGCCGGUCUCACCGUACACUCUUUCAGAAGUCCUACCUGGUCCCAGACCACGAAACACAAUGCCCAGUGAAAAAGGUCAGAUGAAAUCUCCAUCUUCAUCUAUGAAAUUAUCCAAAAAACUCUCGUUUUUAAAACGUCGUUCGAAACAAAAACAAUCAAGCAGCUCGACCAAUUCGUUAAGUAAUUAUGAUAUAUCGAAAUCUGAAUCUGUACAAAAUACACCGAUUCGUACAAAUGCUGGUAGUUCCCUACUUAUUCGAUCGAGUGCUCAAUAA